AGGACACGAACGGCACAUUCACCAUGAUCUACGACGAGGGGUUUGAGGUGAAGGUCGAAGGCAUGGUCUUCUUCGCGUUCUCCCGUUUCGACCUGUACACCGAGAAUGGCGCCCAGAAGAACGUGUCGAACUGUGGGGAGACACUCCGUGGGUGGUACCGCAACGUGUCGUCGCGGAGUUCUUGGGGCUGCUACAAGGGCACGAAGGUCCAGAAAGCCCUCUCCUUGAUCUCCGUGGCCGCUUCCGAGCCGCACGUGCCGGCCGGAUUCGACAAGCCUCGGAGCAAGCGCUGGCACUCCACCCGGGUGCGGCGGCUGAACGCCAUGCAGCUGUCCUGGAGCGCGCGGGUCUACGACCGGUUUGUGGGGAUGUCUCGGCAGCAGAUGAACGACUUCGCCGGCAUCCGGCGCGACUCGCUCCCGCUGGGCAGCACCAGCGGGGGCGCGGGCAGCGCGCUGCGCAGCAGGCCGCACGACGGGCGCGCCGCGCUGCUUCAGCUGAGUCAGCCCGACACGUGUCCGGAGCUGCCCCCCCUGCAGCGCAGCAAGCCGGACGACGUCCUGCCGAGGCUCCUGCUCGACGGGCAGCGCGGGCUGAAGCCCUGCCAGCUGAGGAGGCAGCUCCAGGUCUUCGCGCAGCCCGCCGACCCCGCGGUCGCGAAGACGGAGGCCGCCCUGCCGCAGGAGUUCGACUGGAGUCGCCCGCAGAACGGCAAGACGUUCGUGGAGCCCGUGAUGGACCAGGGCAGCUGUGGGAGCUGCUACAUGGUGUCUACCAUGCGGAUGCUCACCACCAGGCACAAGAUCCGCAUGAACGACACCACCCUCGAGCCGUGGUCGAUCAGCUUCCCCCUGCACUGCUCCGAGUACACGCAGGGCUGCAAGGGCGGCUACCCCGAGCUCACCGCCAAGUGGUCGGAGGAUGUGGGGCUCCUGCCCGCGUCGUGUGCCCCGUAUGACACGGAAGGCAAGUGCCAGGUCUCCUGCGACGUGAAGAAGCUGAGCAAGCGCUACCGCGCGGCGAACUACAGGUACGUCGGCGGCUUCUACGGCGGCUCCAACCCAGCUGACAUGAUGCUGGAGCUGUACCACCACGGCCCCGUGGUGGUCGCCUUCGAGCCCUCGGAGGACUUCAUGUACUACGCGGGCGGCAUCUUCGCCGACCCCCACGUCGGGGUACCGGCGCCGCUCCGGCGCAGCUCCACCGAGUGGCAGAAGGUGGACCACGCGGUGCUCCUCGUGGGCUGGGGCGAGGAGCUCGGCCAGAAGUACUGGGUCGUCCAGAACUCGUGGGGCUCCUCGUGGGGCGAGGGCGGCUUCUUCCGCAUCGCGCGCGACAUCAACGACAGCGGCAUCGAGGGCACGGCGGUCGCCGCCGACGUCGUGGAGGACGAGCGCCCCAGCGUCCUCGAGGACUUCCUGGCGCAGUCCGCCAGCGCCUGAGGGCCGCCCGCCCCCGAAGGGCGGGCGGGCCCGCGCAGCCCCGCGCGCGGCCUCGCUGCGGCGAGCGCGGGGGCACCGCGGGGAGCUCCCGAGGCAGACCGCUGCGGGGGUCGCUCGGCCCGGCUUUUCGCUCCGUGCCGGAGCCCCCCUGGGGACCCUCUGGAGGCCGCGCGAGGGGUGCCCUGGAGGCCGUGGGGGGCUCCUGGGGACGUCCUGGGGGCGCCCCGGGCCGGGGGCACUUCUCUGGGCAACGCCCGACCCCCUCCUGCCCCCAUGGGCGAGCGACGGCCGAGAGAAAGAGGCUCCGAGCCAGCGAGAGCCGCGGCGGCGCGCCCUCCUCCUCCUCCUCCUCCUCCUCCUCCUC